UCCCCUCCAUAUCAUGUGAUUCAGGUGUUCCAAUCCCCUCCAUAUCAUGUGAUUUAGAUGUUCCAAUCCCCUCCAAAUCAUGUGAUUCAGGUGUUCCAAUCCCCUCCAUAUCAUGUGAUUCAGGUGUUCCAAUCCUCUCCAAAUCAUGUGAUUCAGGUGUUCCAAUCCCAUCCAUAUCAUGUGAUUCAGGUGAUCCAAUCCCCUCCAUAUCAUGUGAUUCAGGUGUUCCAAUCCUCUCCAAAUCAUGUGAUUCAGGUGUCCCAAUCCCCUCCAUAUCAUGUGAUUCAGGUGUUCCGAUCCCCUCCAAAUCAUGUGAUUCAGGUGUUCCAAUCCCCUCCAUAUCAUGUAAUUCAAGUGUUCCAAUCCCCUCCAUAUCAUGUGAUUCAGGUGUUCCAAUCCCCCCCAUAUCAUGUGAUUCAGGCGUUCCAAUCCCCUCCAUAUCAUGUGAUUCAGACGUUCCGAUCCUCUCCAAAUCAUGUGAUUCAGGUGUUCCGAUCCCCUCCAUAUCAUGUGAUUCAGGCGUUCCGAUCCCCUCCAAAUCAUGUGAUUCAGGCGUUCCAAUCCCCUCCAUAUCAUGUGAUUCAGGCGUUCCAA